AAGUUCAGAGAGAGGAGGAAAAACCCGAAAUCGCGGAAGAGAUUGUCUCUAGCCCUUCUAGUUUGACAAGUUUUUUUCCUUAGUUGCUAAAGAAGAGACUGGAAGGGAAAGAGGCGUUAAACACGGUUCAGUCAGUCGCGUGAGUGCCGGUGUGUUUUGAUGGUAAGAGCAAACAUGGAAGGAGCUAUCAAGACAGUUGUGACAGUCUUCUUAAAGUCAGCAAAAGGCAAGGAGAACCUUGGAGGAAAGGACUUCCAAAACCUAGUGAAGAACCAGCUGAAGAACAUACUGACGGAUACAGAUAGCUCUGAGGCUAUCAAAAAUAUGCGUCAAGGCCUUGAUUCCAACCAAGAUGGAAAAGUCAGCUUCCAGGAGUACAUGACGCUGAUCGGAUACUUGGCACAAGCAGUCAGUCAGCAGCGUUGCACCAAGGAGACCCAAGUGGCGAGUUCAGGCCCAGAAACACAGGCAGAGGCUCCUGAAGCUCCAAAGGCUGAGCCUGAGGCUGAGAAAGAAGUCAAGCCUGUGAAAGAGGAAGAGCCGGCUAAAGAGCAGGACGAGGCAGUGGAAGUGGUGGAAUUGGUAGAGGAAGAAGUAAAUGUAAAAGAGGUGGUAGAAAUAGUGGAGCGCACGUAGGCUCUUGAGACCGUUGAUGAAAACAUCUCAAGACCUUAUAUAUCCUUGUUUUUAUUUCAAUGUAUUUUUUACUAUUUCACAGCUAACCAAAUUUGACCAACACUACAAUUUGUACCACUAGAUUAAGCAUAAACCACUCAAUAUUAUUCGGAAGUCUAAGUACAUUUUGUCUAUGAUCUAACACAGUGCUUUUCAAACUGGUCCUCAGACGUCUCCUGGCCUCCAGAGCAGUUAUAUUAUGCUCCACACCAACACAACAGGAAUAAUGUGGAGCGUCUGAGGGGUUGCGUGAGGACAGUUUUGAGAAUGAUGGGUUUAAAUAGACGAAGCUAACAAAAUGUAUAUGUAUGUGUAUUGUAUUUUAUCCAUUUUAAGAUUUGUAUUUACAUUAACACUACAUUACAACAUGGAUCUUUAACAUGUCUUAAGUGUGUUACACAGUACCUCUACCAACAUGUUUACAAGUGAUGCAUGUUUUUUUAAUUAAAUGACCCUGGUGUUCUUCUAAAAUAAUGGUACGCCCAGAAAUGACCCACUCACACACCAGCUAUCACCCUCUUUAGUUUUCUAUGUUCUGUGUUUAAAUUGUUUAGUCCUGGUACACUUUGCCUUGCUUAGCAUGGAUGCUAACAUGGUUUCACAGUUUCAUAACAAGAGCUGACUAAAUUGAGCUAAAUUUUCAUACCACUGCCAUUUUGAAUGCAGACUCAUUGGCAUGACAAUAAACAAAAGAUUUUUUUGAGCAUUAA